UUACAUGGCUGCUUAGAAACCAGUGCAAUUACCAUCAGAAUUUCACAAUAAACCAUGCAGCACCAGAUUCUUUGACAAAUGUUAUUGCCUUGCCAUCACAUAACCCCUUGCCCUGCAUGCGCAUGAGAACCAUACUAUAAAAAUGGCCUGGAAAAAAAAGACAUUAGUAGUAAACUCACACUGUCAGGUAUCCUGUAGCUUUGAGCUACAGGCAAUCUGUGGAGUCUGGCAAAUACCAGAGGGGCUGCUGUAGAAAGUUACUAUUUAUUGUGUCUGUGGGAGGCUGUUUGGGCCUCUGGGUAUUUGAAAUGCCAGGGCCUAUUUUGAAUCCCAGUCCAAGUCUGGCUUUGAGAUCUUUUCCAAGUGGGGGCCAUAAUGUACAAAGAACACAAAUUACUUCUUGUAACAACAAUUGCUGAAAUUAAAAAAAUGUUGGCUCAGGAGAGCAGCAUUGGCACAACCAAUAGGCAUAAUAUUUAGGCAUUAUAUUUAAUUAUGCCUUUCCUUCUCCUUUAAAUGCAUUUACAUCAGGGUUUUGGCUCUACCACUUACAAACAUUCAGGUUUUUCUGUUGAGUCACUAUAUGGUUGCCUGGGAGCUUUAUCUCGCUGACAGAAGACUUUUUAAGCAGACUUGAUGAACCCCAUACUAAUGAACACCAUACUACACUGUAGCUACAGGUCAUCAACAUCCCUCAGUAUCACUGGCUUGUAUGUGAGAGAGGCACAAAAAUAGCCGUUACCCAAAAGAGAACCAUGUAAAAGCAAAUUUGGGUAUUAAACAAAAAGAAUGAAAUGGACCCAGUCUUAAUGAAGACACAAAACUGAUAAGACCAAACCAGCUUUUUGGCUAAAGCUCAAAGCAGUACGUGUGCCAAAAAUCUAACACUGCCCACACAUAAAAAAAACAUCUCACUGACAGUGAUGUAAGGUGGUGCUAGCAUCAUCCCGGGUUUUAUUUUAUCAGCUGGAGCUGGGCAUCUUGUUACAAUAGAAGGAAGAAUGAGAAAUGCAAAAGGGAAAUACUACAAGAGAACCCAUUUCACUCUGCUAAAACUAAAACUUGGGUGACUUUUUUCUGUCUGCAAGACAAUGUUUCCAAAAUAACACUGCAGUGCUCAGGAAAGUGAAUGUUCUCAAAACCGUGAAAUCCGCCCAAUCAAAAAUCUGUGGCACUAUUUGAAAAGUGAUGUGGACAAGGCUGGCUAACCUGAAUAACUUAGAGCAAAUUCAUAUGGAAGAAUGGGACAAAAUCCCUGCCGAGAAGCUGCUACAUGCUUACCCUAAAAGCUGUAAAAGGUGGGUCUGCAAAAUUGUUACAGCGUGAGGAUUAAAAAUGUAUGCAAACAGCAUAGUUAUUUUCUUAACAUAAUCAAUACCAAAUAAUAACAUAAGGAUUACCAAGAAGUCUGAGAGGCUCAUAUUAUAUGAGUUGAAUUUGAGCAUGAUCUCUGGACCUAUUGCCUGCAAGGAAGCUGAUACUAAGUCACUUUGUGGAACUGGGUUCUGCGUUGCCAACAAGUCUCGGCCUGAAUGUGCUACCUUUGUUUUAAAGAUGCUAGAAGUUUUAAAUGCAGUUAGGCUGCAAUCUGUUAAGUGUCUUUAGUUGGCUUUUUAUUUCCAAUAGUUACAUUAUGAUAGAUGCCUUUAACAGCCCUGAAUAAAGGCAACAGUGCUCAUUUCCUAAUAGGUGCACAAGUAUAUUUGCCAGACUGGUCUUUGCAAUUAUUUUCUAAGUUGCAGUGAAUUGCAGUGAACUGUUGAAAACAAAUUGCUUAUUGGUUGCUAUUGGCAACUGCACAUGUGCAUUUUAACACCUAUGUUUGUAAAAUCGACUCCUGUAAAGUAAAUCUGUUCUGACAAAUGAAUAGCUUUAAUGUGCUUUUGUUGGCGCAGACUCUAAAUCCACAGCGAAAGCAGCUGUAAAAAAGUCAACACCUUCCCUUUAGGGCUUCAGCGAGCUCUUGAGACACAACAACAUCCCACUGGAGUAAAGGUUUCUAUAGAAACAUGUUACUUGCUGAAGCCAAAACACACAGGAGAUCAAAUAUUCUUCUAAUCACAGGCAUUAGUUAGAGGCCGGUUAUCUUUCUAGGUUGGAAAGUCACUCCUGGCUAUUCAAGCAAGUUUAUUCUCUUAAUAUUAUAAAAGACAUGAAUCUGGAAGACUGUUCUUGUACAAGAUAAAGUAUAAUUAGGUGUCCGCGGUAAUCUGUAAAUUGGAGAAGCUGAGGGAAUUAUGCAGUGUUGAUGGUUGGGGUUUGGUCUUAACAGCGGGAGAUUUCUCUUCCACCCUCCAUGACUCUGUUUAAAGAGGCAAUGUGGAUGCAGCCAGUAGCACACAGACAGUCGUUCAGUGUUCCUAUCCAGAUCACACUGCAAGGCAGCCGCAGACGCUACAUGAGGGAAGCCUUCACUGCAGUACCUGCCAAGGUGAGACGAAAAGAGAGCAGCAGCGAUGGGGUGAAGCCAGCUGAAAAAAUGAAAAAACAGGCCUCCAAUGCUGGGGAAGACAGAGCAAUGCUGCUGGGCUUUACUAUGAUGGGACUUUCAGUGCUCAUGUUCUUCUUACUGGGUAUCACCAUUCUAAAGCCAUUCAUGCUCAGUGUCUGGAAUGAAGAGUCGAACUGCACAAUUAUCCAGGCUGAUAUCAUGGAAGACUGGGUUGACUGUUCGUUUACAUGUGGCGUAGAUUGCCAUGGCCAAUCAAAGUACCCCUGCCUCCAGGUAUUGGUGAAUGUGUCUAAUUCUGGCCAGUCAGCAGUCCUGCAUUACAAUGAAGAAGCAGUGCAAGUAAACCCAAAGUGCUUCUAUAUCCCAAGGUGCCAAAGAGAUAAAAAUGACUUACUGGAUGGGGUCAUGAACAUAAAAGAAUAUUUUGAUCGCAAGAACGACACACCUUUUUUGUGUUUCCAUCGCCCAGAGAGCAAACCGGAGGAUGUCAUCUUCAUAAAGAAAUAUGACCGGUCGGUGGUCUUCCACUGCCUGUUCUGGCCUUCUCUGAUGCUCCUCGGAGGAGCUCUGAUAGUAGGGAUGGUGAAGCUAACGCAGCACCUCUCUCUGUUGUGCAAAGUCUACUGCAGUGCCUCUAAGGAAGAGCUGGGCAGCGUUGCAUCAAGGCCUGACUCACAGCAGAGCAAGACCAAGAAGGAAGACAAGUGUUUAAGGUGGCGAUUAAACUCCCAAAGCAUGAGCAAUGCACCAUUUAACUGAAUGUGAACAAAAAGAGAGAGAAAGAGGCACAACUUUUUUUAAAGUAUUGUUGAAGAAACUCCACUUGUGUAUUCCUGAUGCCCCAGGCACCUCAGGGGAAGAUUUUUGUUACAGGGACAUUUAAACAGCUGGGGUAUCUAUAAUACUGUUUGGAUAGAGCUCUCGCCAUCCUCCGCGUGAUAUUGGCUUCUAGGGGAGGGUGCUGAGAGAGUCUGGCAGCAGCUGGAGGUCUUCAAAUUGAUUUUCCCUGAUGUAGAUAUGGGACAGUAGUUUACAGCGGGAAUCAUACAAAACUAGAAGCCUGUGGCAGUGGUUAAGUACUUUUAUAGCUAUAUGAUUAUUUUUAGAUAAACUAUGUAAAGUUCUUUUAGAGUUUGCAAUAAAUAGUUAAAUGCUAGAAGGAAUGUGUUGGUUUAUUUUUAACUUCAUGCUAGGACAGAAAAUGUCAGCUUAAAGUGUCCACAUUAAAGGAAACUGAAAGUGUGGUUAUAACCCUAGCUCCACUCCAAAGGCCUUCUGUCCCACCGCCCCACAGGGGACUCACAUGACUGCAGUAAUUACUGUAAGUGGUUCAAAAAUGCAGAGGAGCUCAGUGGGGUUGGUGGAAGCCAUCUUCCACCGCUUCAGAUCUCUGCAGUCUUGCCACAAGCAAGCAGACAAAGCAGAUGCGGACCUGGGCAUGCUCCAUGCUGGCUAUCUCUGAGAAGAAAGGACCUAAAGUAGUGCACAAGAUGGUAUCUACCAACCCCACUGCACUACUCUGCAAUUUUUAUAACCAGGUACAGAGAUCCAAGGUUGCACUGUUCAGGAGGGAUGCCUUUGGAGGGGGUUGAGGGUUACAAGCACACUUUAGUUCUGCAUUAAUAACCACAUGUAUUUAGAAAACACACUACAGCUUACACACACUACAGAAUAGGUAGUCUGUUAGCCCCUAGAUUACUGGUUACCAGUGAGAUGUAUACAUUUGCCUAUGAAUUCCAUACAAUUUAAGGAAUUGAACAAAUGGCCAAAUAUUUAGGCAGCAGUGGAAAAGCUGGAGUCUUAAAAAGUAUGUAACAUGACCUAAAACCAAAAAAUAGCAUUUGUAUUUAGAACGCAAAUCUGUAAAUGAGUAAUUACUAAUGGAUAUAUACCUAUAUGCCAAAGUCUGAGUUGGUUCCCAGUCCUCUGCCGGCUCACACUUGAAUCCCCUCCAAGCUUAAAACCAAUUAUCUAAGAAAAAAGAGCCAGCUUGCAGGAUGGCUUAAGGGGACACAAGCAUAAAGUGCAUAUAGUGUAGUAUUUCACAUAAAACAGUGCCCUUUUGCAACUUGCACUGUAUAACUCUUAUCAUGCAGAUGUAUUUCUUUCUAGGUGUCAACUGCACGACAUAUAGCACUAAAUCGUGUAAAAUACCAUUUAUUAGUAAAAAACAAGAUUCUA